AAGCAAGGAACAGAAGCGCCUGAGCGACUUUCGCAGCCAUUCUGCGGCCAUGUCUGCUUUCAAAACGGGGGUUGGUAACGCCCCUUCUUUGAGAUUUUAUCCAAUGAGAAUUCAGUGUACGGGGGUGCUUAGCGGUGGGAGUGACUGUCUCCUCUAUCAGUGGACGUGGCCUUAUGAUUUUCAAAUGUUGGUGGGGUCCACGGUAUCCUUUCGCAGGUGCCAGUUAGUUGACUGACAGACUCGUUGCGAGCAUGCUCGUACUAGUGUCAGAUUUUAGUUUUUUAAAUUCCGCGAUAUUUUCGGCAAAAACUAUAAGGUUUAUUUAUUUUUUUUGUUUCUUUUAUCAAUUGCCAAUUUCGAAAUAAAGGACGUAUUUAGAGUAUAAAUUAAAUAACACUAUUUUUCGUAAAAAAAGAAAGAAGCAUGAUUAAAUAUGAAUUUUUAUCCAAACUUUAUACUCACAAUCGUUUUUACAGUUUUUAAAUAACUCCGUCCUUUAAAACCCGAUUUUGGAUAUUUAAUGUUUUUUAUGUGUCUUGUGCUAAUUGGAAAAAAAUUCUAUAUAUGGAACAAUGUGGAUAAGUGAAUUGAAAUGCUGUGAAGUGAUAUUUAUUUUAUUAAGCAGAAGUUUAUAUUAAAAAAAAAUUAUUUCAUUAAUGAAAAAAGACUUUUUUCUUUUCUACGGAGGAAGUUUUUUGUGAAAAAAUAAGAAGAAAUCGAGGUUUUUUCUUUUGAAAGUGUUGAUAAAAAUUAUUUAAUUAAGUGCGACGGAUAGUGCAAUAACCGGCUUCUGGGAUUAAAACGGCAGUAAAAGUGGGUGCACUGGGGCCCUCGGGACCUUUUGGCCGAUACGGGCCUGUGGAGGGUGGGCCUGGUUGUGUUUCUGGGCCCGUUGUUGAAGGAGUAGUAGGGAUAGGGGUGGCCGCAGCAGCGGCUGGGGAGGUGGAGGGCUACGGUGGCGCCGUUGGAGGGGGUGGGGGUGGUGGGACCCCUGGAGGGGUAGUAGCUGGUACCCCCCGAAUAAGGGUUGCAACCCUCGGGGGGUCUUGUUGCGCACCCCUGCCCGUCACCCAAUCCCACAACAUAGGGAGGUGCGGUUUGGCGAUGCUCCUAUCAUGUGCAGGAUGCGAAAAACCAAUUUUGGACAAAUUUUUGCUUAACGUUCUGGAUCGAGCUUGGCACGCAGACUGUGUUCGUUGUUGCGUUUGUGGGAGUGCACUUCAAGAUAAAUGCUUUUCCAGAGAGGGAAAAUUAUUCUGUAGAAACGAUUUUUUCAGACGUUACGGCACAAAAUGUGGCGGCUGUCUUGAAGGAAUCAAUCCGUCGGACCUUGUGAGAAAGGCAAGAGACAAGGUUUUCCACCUGAAUUGUUUCACCUGUUUAGUUUGUCGAAAACAGAUGAGCACUGGUGAAGAACUUUAUGUAUUGGACGACAAUAAAUUCGUCUGUAAAGAAGAUUAUUUAUCAGGGAAACCAUUACCAGUUGCACAUCAUGUUCAUGGACAUCAUGGAGGAGACUCUUUGAUGGGUUCAGGAUCAGAAGAUGAAGAGGAUGAUGGCAGUGGAGUUGGUCACCAUCAUCACGGAGGUGUUGGUGGUAAUUUAGGAUCACAUAAUUUAGGAUCUGGAGGUCCAGGAAGCCACGGUGGUGUUGGUCACGGUGGUGAUUUGCCUCUUGGAAGUGAUUCUUGCAAACAAGAGGACUCCGAAGAUCAGGGUUCGUUGGACGGUGAUCCAGAAACUAGAGAUAGUCAAACGGAGAAUAAGAGUCCUGACGGAGGUGCAGGAGGUGGAAGUGGUGACGGUGGAGCUGGAUCCAAAAGGCGAGGACCCAGGACAACAAUAAAGGCAAAACAGUUGGAAAUUUUGAAAACUGCUUUCUCGCAAACACCAAAACCAACGAGGCAUAUUAGAGAGAGCCUUGCAAAAGAAACUGGACUUCCUAUGAGGGUGAUACAGGUUUGGUUUCAAAACAAGAGGAGUAAAGAGCGCAGACUGAAACAAUUGACGUCAAUGGGUAGGAGUCCAUUUUUCGGUGGUACCAGAAAAAUGAGAGGAUUUCCAUUAAAUUUAAAUCAUGGAGCCCUAGGUGGUGACGAUGGACCACCACCAGGAUUUCCCUAUUUUGCGGCUGAUAAAUUUGAAUUUGGUUACGGUGGACCUGUUACGUUUCAUCCGGAUUUUUUCGGUGGACACCCACCACCACAUCCUCAUGGACCACCUUUUACGGGACCCGGCAAUCCAAUUGCAAAUUUAUUUUUGACAGGUUUAGAUCCAGCAAGUAUAGCGGGAAUGGCAGCCGCUGCAGCAGUGGCAGGGGAGUAUCCGCCAACUGGUGCAGGAGGCGGACCACCGGAAUUUCUCACGGGGCCUCCAGGUCAAGGGCCCCAAGCACCCCCGGGCGGCAGCCCUGGCGAGUUUCUAGCACCUUCAGGUGGCGGGCAAGGAAAUCCCAGUGGGGGUGGUAAUGGUGGUGGCCCAGGUGGCGGGGGAGCUGGGAGCGGGUUUCCCGAACCACACCAGAUGCAAAGCGAAGGCCUUGUCUGGUAGGACGUAUAUAGUUUUCGUUAAAAAGUAUACCAUCUUGUUUAAUUAUUUUCGCGUAAACAUUGUUACGAUAUGACGAACUCAACUUUAUCUCCCCUCUUUUUUUUUGUUUUAUUUUUUUGUUAAAAACUGUUUUUAAUAAUAAUAUGUAUUUUUUUUUUUUACAAAAGAAUUCGCCGAUCAACGUUUCUUUUGUAUUCAUUGUAAAAUAGUUCUAUCAUCUCUAUUACCAUUAUAUUAUAUAUAAAUACAUUGAGUUUCAUUAAUGUAACUAUAUUAUUUUGAUCAAUUAAUUUUGUCAUUGUCAUUAUCAACAUGAAUAUUAUAAAAAAAAAAUAUUAUAUUAAUAUUUUGAUGCCACUCAAAGUGACGUGUGAUGUUGAUUGGUGAUGAUGAUAAUGAUUAUUAUACAUAUUAUUAUUAUUGUAUUAUUAUUAUUAUUAUUAUUAUUAUUAUUAUUAUUAUUAUUAUUAUAUUAUUAUUGUAUUAUUAUUAUUAUUAUAUUAUUAUUAUUAUUAUUAUUAAUAUUAUAUUAUUAUAUUAUUAUUAUAUUAUUAUUGUGUAUAAAUAUUCGAGAAUUUAUCAUGUAACAUUGUACAAUCCUUGUUGAUUAGUUUGAAACGUCCUUGUAGAUAAAAGGUGUUACACGCUAUGAAACACAAAAUUCAUUAUGACACAAACACACAUCACACACAGAUACAUUUAAAACAAAAUUAAUUUUAUUGGUAAAAUAUAUAUAAAUAGGAAUUUAACGAGAAUUCAAUAAAGGGAGGAGACUAUCAAUGUAAAUAUAUUUGACGAACGUAAAGUCACAUGUUGAAGAAAAAAAAAAAAAAAAAUAGAGAAGAUGAAAAAAAGAGAGAAGUAUAAAAAAAAAGUAUAUAUGUAUACAUAUAUUGCUAAUGUAUGUACACAAAACACACUAAAACACUUCGCCACGAUGCAUAUUGAAUAUAAAUAUAAUUAUAAUAAACAACCUCGUAUUUCCGUAUAAA